AUGUUGUCUGCUUUGUUUAAGAGAAACUCUGUCUACGUCGCUACGAUUUUUGGUGGUGCUUUUGCCUUCCAGGCUUUCUUCGACACCGCUGUCACCAGAUGGUACGAAUACCACAACAGAGGUAAGUUGUGGAAGGACCUCAAAGCCAAGAUUCAGGCUGGUGAUGAGGACGACGAAGAUGACGAGUAA